AUGGAUGAAUUCUUGAAUGAAAGAGAUGAAUCUAACUAAGAUGUGGCAGAGUUUAUGAUGCAACACAGCUUUGAAUCAUUAAUAAGUGAAUCUAAAAUAAAUCAGAAUCAAGUUAUUGGCUUCAUUCUGUUUAACUUUGUGUUGAUUGCAACGUUCGCCAUUGUCUACUUAGAAUUUUACGAUGAGAAAAUAGAAAAUACCAUCAAUUUCACUGUUGAUUUCUUUAGACCAAAUAAUUUAUUGAGGAUAAUGAAUGGUUUAUUACAAAGAGUGAAAUAAAUAUAAUGGAGAAACAGAUUCGCUAAAGUAGCUAAGAUUGAUGAGGGAGAUGAAAAAUCUUCAUAAGCAAAGAAGGAUGAUUGA